AUGGAUCACCAAGAAACGAAAAUAGAUCCUCAGGAUGACUACGACCUCUCCAAACCACUCGCAGCCACCACCGGCCUGCGACAAGGCCUCACCUCCUACGGCGACGCCCACUUCUCCCUCUUCCUGCGCAAAGUAUUCAUCAAAGCAGCCGGGUACGGCGAAGACGCCCUCUCACGCCCCAUAAUCGGCAUUAUAAACACAUAUUCAGCAUUUAAUCCUUGUCACGCCAACAUACCCCAACUUCUCGAAGCUGUCAAACGAGGAAUACAUCUACAAGGAGGUCUAGCCAUUGAGUUUCCCACUAUAAGUGUGCAUGAGAGUUUUUCGUCGCCCACGAGUAUGUUUUUGAGGAAUUUGAUGAGUAUGGAUACCGAGGAGAUGAUUAAGGCGCAACCAGUGGAUGCAGUGGUUGCGAUUGGUGGGUGUGACAAGACUGUUCCUGCGCAGUUGAUGGGCGCGAUUUCGGCGAACAAAGUGUGUUUGCCGCUGGUCACAGGACCUAUGAUGCCUGGGUCGAGUAGAGGAGUGAGAGUUGGGGCUUGUACUGAUUGCAGAAGCCAUUGGGCAGCGUAUAGGGCUGGAGAGAUUGAUAUGGAGGAUAUUGGUGCUGUUAACGAGGAGCUUGCACCUACGGCAGGGACUUGUGGUGUCAUGGGGACCGCGAGCACCAUGGCUUGCGUGACCGUUGCACUCGGUCUGAUGCCUUUUGAUGGUGCUUCUGCCGCAGCGGUCUCCUCGGCGCGUUUGAGAAUUGCUGAACGAACUGGUGCCAAUGCAGUUGCUGCGGCUGCUGCCAAAAGACUUCCUCAAUCGAUACUUACGAAGGAGUCUUUUCUCAAUGCUAUCAUUGUUCUCCAGGCCAUUGGAGGUUCGACCAAUGCUGUUGUGCAUCUGAUGGCUAUCGUGAACCGGCAUCCUGAGGUCGCUGGAUCAAUCACUCUGGAAACUUUCGAUGAGGUCGGCAGGAACACACCACUGCUUGUUGAUCUCAAGCCGACUGGCGAUAACUACAUGACCGACUUCCACAAUGCUGGUGGUAUGCUUGCGUUAUUGCAUACACUCAGACCGCUUUUACAUCUGGAAGCUAAAACGAUCAACGGCAAGACCUUGGGCGAAGAACUUGAAACUACACCGUUCAAACCAUUCAAAUACUCGAGCGAGCUCAUAAGACCACUCUCGAAUCCGCUAUAUCCAGAAUCGGCGAUUGUGGUCUUGCGUGGAAACAUGGCGCCUAGGGGGGCAGUCAUGAAGGCAGCGGCUUCGAAAGAUAGAAGUCUUCUCAGCCAUAUAGGCCGCGCUGUUGUGUUUCAAAACACAGCUGACAUGGCUCAACGCAUCGAUGACCCAGACCUACCAGUGACCAAAGACUCGGUUCUGGUCUUACAGAGUGUAGGACCAAUCGGUAAUCCCGGUAUGCCAGAGGCUGGCGUUAUCCCGAUACCUCGCAAACUAGGAGCUCAAGGCGUCAAAGACAUGUUGCGCAUUUCCGAUGGACGCAUGUCAGGAACAGCUGGGGGCACAAUCGUGUUGCACGUCUCCCCAGAAUCGGCACUGCCAGAUUCCGUGUUUGGAUGUGUAAAGGAUGGAGAUUUGAUCGAGUGCGAUGUCGAAAAGAGACUUCUCAGACUGCACGUCUCGGACGAAGAACUGGCGAAGCGUGUUGCUGCGCGAUUAGCGGCCAAGAAAAGGGAAGAGCAUGGCACGAGGAGGAUCAGUGGGAAGCAGCGUGGAUAUCGCGGGCUGUACGAGCGAUGUGUAAAUCAAGCCGAGGAGGGCGCUGACUUUGACUUCCUUACCGCAGCAGGCCCUAUCUAG